AUGUAUGGGGCCGUAACGAACUCUCAUAAUGAUUGGCAACGAUCGAGCGAGACAUGGGGCAGUGGCAAUCCUUCCAAGCCAACUACAACAGCAACUGCCAUGAGUUCCACAGCUUCUGGUACAAACAGCACAUCAAAGCUACGACAAACUUGCGAUGCCUGUCAAGCAAUCAAGACUAGGUGCUCCCGUGAGAGACCUUCUUGUGCGAGAUGCCUCACGCAGAAUAUCCCCUGUCACUAUAGCAUCUCUCGACGCAUAGGUAGGCCACGGCGCCUUGCACAGCCGACUUCACCAACCUCCUCUUCACAAAUAAGGCGGUCCAAGGAGCGUAUUCCGAAAGCAUCUCAACCAAGCAGCGAAAGUACUCAUGUUGCGCAGCCCCAAAACAACUUUUACAGUCUUGACUGGACUGAAGUUGAUAUCGACGCAGAUAAUGACACAAUUAUCUCAGAUCAGACUCCCCCGCCUAGUGUUGUGGACCAGGAAAGAAGCCAAGCAAGUCUUACAACGACGCCUAGCAUUGCCCGAACACAGACUAUGAACGUAGAGACUUCUGUGUUUCCUCCUAUCCAUGGAGUUAUGUCUGAUCUUAAUGAUCGAGACUUCUUCAACUCAUGUUUUGACAACAUGGAACUUACAAAAAUGCGCUCAUCGUUGUCGUCCUCAAUGACGAACAACGUGCGACAGCAAGCAGAUCCGACUUCGCAGCAAAAUUUAGAUGAUUCAGAUGCAGAUAAGCAAUCAAUCUCGUUAUCCAGAAACUUUGCUCAGCAUAUAAAACCUGGUCAAUCAACAUUUCCUCAUGUUGGAUAUGACGAAGAUAUGCCAGGAGUCUCUGCAUGGGAUUUUUUGAAUGAGUUUCCACCACAGGCUCAGCACAAUACAUGUCGUUGUCUUGAAUCUGCCCUCAGCAUUACUCUGAGUAUAAGGAAAGGUAACAUGUACCCUGGGGGAAUGGAUCUUACACUUGAUCUUGAAGUGCAACUGCGCGAGAUUGUGCCGGUUGCCAUACAGUGCAAUGUAUGCAAAUCCCGACAGGGCGAGACCUUGAAACUGCUCUCCAACGCAAUGGCGGACGUGGUAGACUUGCUUCAGCAAUUGUGCAAUGUGGAAUUUGCUGAUAGUACUAAUAUAUCCGCUCUAUCAAAACAACAACUACCGACACCAUCGAAGCCCGACCGCCUUGAAUGGGGUCAGCCCCCCUACCUAAAUGCUCGAUUUAUGCCCAAUUCUCAUCAGCCAAUAUCACAUGAGCGCAGUGGAUCUGACAUAAGCGGAAGCAGUGGAGCGCAGGACAAAUUACCUUCGCCGAAAUCUAUUGCGAGUGAACAGAACCCAGUGGUAAUGAUUCCGACGAGUCCGAGUCCGGAAAAGGGCCAUUGGCGUAUCCUUGUUGGCCGACACCUACUCGUUGGAGACGAUAGAAAGUUUGUGCUGAUCCAUUUACUACGCAGGCGUCUCUUCGCACUAUCAAACGUUUUAGAAAGUCUGAUUCGGGCCAUGCAAGACUUACGCAUAGCCAUUAGACGUGAACAGUCAUUUGUGGCAUUUAAAGAUGAUGCCUUGAAUACCACCUCAGAGAUGGACACGAGAAGAUCGAUGAAAACCGCUUCAAAACUAUAUGAUAUCAUCGACCAACUGGAGGGAAUACGAAUAUAG